UGCUGCUGCUGGUGCUGGUGCUGGUGCUGGUGCUGUGAAACGCAGCCGCUCCUUCGUUCCGUUUGGAUUUGUGGCAGAGAGAUGAUUCUUCUUCUACACUUUUUUAUCCAUUACCUGACCCGCUAAAAGAGACAUGUCCGCUCAAGGACUGCUAAGCAGCGUUUUCUCGUGCUCUCUAAGCCCCAAAACUAUUUCCAAGCGGAGACUGAGGCAGACCAGGAGCUUGGACCCGGCGUUGAUGCGACAUUAUGGUACCGAAGCUGAGGAGACGUCGUAUAAGGGUGACUUCACCUGGAACAGCGUGUCAGGACGCAGCGUUGGCCUGAAGCCCGUCCCCUUGCAAAGCCUCUCAGAGCUGGAGAGGGUUCGUCUCCAGGAUGUGGCCUUCAGGCGACUGCUUCGGGAUCAUGACCUGGGCUGCCACAUCACCAUCCCUAAAUGCCACAAGCACAAGAAGUCACUUAGGAAGAAGUUGGACUCAUUAUCGAAAGAGAAGAGUAAAGAUAAAGAGACUAUGCCCCAGGCGUUUGGCAUACUGCUGUCGCAGGUCAUUUCCAACGACCGCACACACAAGCAGCGGCACGAUCCCCCGCGGGAGGAACACAGUGACCCCACUGAACUGAUGUUAUCCUUCCUUCACCUCACCUCCAGCCUCAAAAGGCCUCACAAAGAUCUCUCCAGCAGCACCUCGUCUCUCAGCUCCACGUCUGAGACCCCUAAUGAAUCGCCUCAUCCGAGCACACCGGACACAGCCCCAAGGACUCGCAGGAGGGGUGGAGUGUCUGUGGAUUGCAUCACUGACCUUGACGAUAACCAGUCUCGGCUCUUGGAGGCCCUCCAGCUGUCGUUGCCAGAAGAGGCAGCUGGCAAGAGGAAGAAGCGCCAUGACAAAAAGCUCAGCCUUAACCCUAUUUACAGACAGGUGCCCAGGGUGGUGGAUCUGUGCUGCCAGCACCUGGAAAAAUACGGCCUACAGACGGUUGGAAUUUUCCGUGUUGGGAGUUCCAAGAAGCGAGUGCGCCAGCUUCGUGAGGAGUUCGACCAGGGAUGGGAGGUACACUUGGACGAGGAGCACAGUGUCCAUGAUGUAGCUGCAUUGUUGAAAGAAUUCCUCAGAGACAUGCCUGAUCCACUGCUGACAAGAGAGCUCUACACAGCCUUCAUCAACACAAUGUUGCUGGAUCAUUCAGAGCAAGAGAGCGCCAUCCAGCUCCUGAUAUUUUUGCUUCCUCCCUGUAACAGCGACACACUGCAGCGUCUCCUCUGCUUGUUGUCCACUGUGGCUGCACACGCUGAAGACAGCCUGGAUAAUGAGGGACAGGAGAUAACAGGAAACAAGAUGACGUCACUCAAUUUAGCCACCAUCUUUGGACCCAAUCUGUUACACAAGCAAAAAAAAGACAAGGAGUUUGCAGUGCAGAGUUUUGCCCGUGCAGAGGAGAGUACAGCCAUCAUCAGCGUGGUCCAAAGGAUGAUCAAUACAUAUGAUACACAAUUCAUGGUUCCCGCUGACCUGCAGAAUGAGGUGCUAAUGAGCUUGCUGGAAACUGAUCCUGAUGUUGUGGAUUACUUACUCCGGAGGAAGGCCUCUCAGUACUCAGAUCCAGGGCUUCUUAGAGGAGAAGAGUCCUUCUCUCUGACUGAGCGAUGCUUGUCCAGUGACUCCAUCAAAGCAUCUAGUGGAGAGGUGUCUCCCUAUGAUAACAAUUCACCUGUCCUGUCAGAUGGACUGCUGUGGAAAUACCCCGAGGACACCAGUCCACUCUCAGACAGAGUCUUCAAACUUUCUGGGCAGUACAAAGACAGUGGCCAUUCAAAAGACGGAUCCGGCAGCACCUCUCCCACACUUUCUACCAGCAAAGCGGCCUCAACAAUCUGUGACAAUGACCAUUUCUGGGACACCUGGCAAGAACUGUUAAACAAAGAUUUCACCGGCCAUCACAUCACUGGUUCCCUUGGAGACAUGUCGGAAUGCGAGUCGUAUGGAUCAUCAGAGGGGCUGAGCAGUCACCAAGGUAACCACAAGUUGCCCAUCAGACCAACACGAAGCUCAUUGGGUGUGCAGGAAUGCAGGCCACACCUCCCGGUGACUCGGAGCAGCAGUAGUCCUCAAGACCAGAAAGGACAGAGACAAUCAGGAUCAUCGUUACAUCAAGGAUUGAGCAGCCAAUCAGGAGCCAUUAGCUCAGACAACUUGACAGCAAGGACAGCACAUUCUGCAUAUCCCUUAUUUAAGGUCAGGACGGAUGGUUUGUCUCCCCUUCACUACUCUGGGCCUCUGAGAGAGACCCAUAUUUCUCAGUCCACACCCUCCCUCUUCAUGUAUCAGUCUGACCCCCAAACUCCACAACAGUCCCAGCAGAGCUGUUCUCCCCAGACUGUAGAUACAGCUGACGCCUCUGGACUUGCACACGAAAAGGGCCCUGGUACACCAGACUGGCAGACAGAGAGGUGGCAUAUAUGGCAGAUAUUGUCAAAAGAAAAUGCAGACGCCCUGCCAGAAACCUUGGUGUGAUGCACCCUCUGACUCUGAUGAACUAAAGUGAAGAUUACGUUUCGAGAUAUUGGGGGGGGGGGUCCCCUGUCACAUCAUUAGAGGCUGAAACGCUCCUAUUUAUCUAUAAUUGCGGUUAAUGUUUCUCUUUCACUGACUGACUGUCAGACUUUGCACCAGCUUUGUCUUAGAUGUGUUGUUAUUUUGUUAUUUUGCAGGAGUGUCUAACUGUACAUAUUCAUUUUGUUGCAUAUGUAAACAUGAUAUAAAAUUAUUGCUUUAUGUAUUUUUGUAUGUUUUUUGUAGUUUAUUUGAAUGUGUUGUAGUCAUGAAAUACAUAGCGAUUGUUUGCAACACAACUAUCAAAAACUUGUAUUAGACUUGAAUGUCAUCAAUGCUUAAUUGGAAGCCAUGAAUGUUUUCUAAUGCUGAAUGUAAAA